AUGUCUUUCACCACGGAGUGGCCGAAGCAAGACGCCGCCAUCGCGGCUGGCAUCGCCGAGAAGAAGGUGGCCAAGGCCCUGAAGGAGGGCGGGAAGAAGGGCGUCGAGAUCGAGGGCGCGGCGGACAUGUCCGGCCUCACGUGCUUCUGCACGCGCAUGCAAGAGGCGGGUGAUUCCGUGGAAUUGCUCGAAGUUUCCAUGGAGGGCAUGAAUGCGAUUCCGGAUCCGUCGAACGAGGAGGAACGUAAGGGUUGCUCUGGACACAUCUCAAAGCUCAUCAUCUCGUCCAACGACGAGACGAAGAAGAUCGCCAUGGUUGCCUACGUCGCCGAACAGCUGAAGGAUCAGCUCAACGCGACGGAGUGGAUGAAGGCUGUGUGCGACACCGAUCUCGGUGGCGGCGUCGGCGGUGCUCCGGCUGAAAGCUCCACCGCGACGUGGGCCACGUGCCAAGUCUCCGAGGACACCGCCAACGGCAAGUUCUACUUGAAGUUCAAGGAUAACGCCCUCUCGGCGGCGAUCGGCUACUUGCGCGAAAAGGGUCUCUUCCUCGAUGACUCCGAUUCCGACGACGAUGGCGACAACCCCGCCGCGGACUUCGAAUGGUAA